CACACGCAAGAUACGCACAAAUGCUUAUUCGCAGCAGGAGAAGGAAAGGAGCAUCAUGCAUCUUCAGCAGUUUUAGGAUCUUUUUUUGUGUUUUACUGAAUACAUCAUAUCUACAGUUUAAUCGCCGAUCCAUACUUUGUCGACGGGAAAUACCUCAUAACAAACUGACACCAGGCAGGGUCAAAGUGGAAACAUGGCGAUCAGGUGUUAUUAUGAAAACAAGGUGCCCUUAUACAUCAUUCUUGUGAACUACUGUUGUGUUCUUGCCGUUUCGAAAGUCGGCUCUUUUGAUUAUGUUUACUGGCCUUUAAAUGGAAGUGAAGAAGACAUUGGGUACAAAGACUCGGAAUUUACGAAUGAUCGAUGCUCCGAAAGCAGGUCGCUUAGUUUCCACAGAGGAACCAAUGCCACCUCCGUAAAAGCUCCUUGUUUGGCCCUCAAUGAUGAAAGUUUUACCUUCUCCCUUUGGUUUAAGUUUGCUCCGGAUGGCUUGACCAAUCAAACGUUUUAUGCGGACAAAAGAAACAAAAAAAAUGGUUUCUACUUGUACGUUCAGGACCAAGUGAUCCGCUUGACAGUGAUUCUAUACACCGAUCGCAGCGACCUCUUAAAAAGCAACGGAAAAAUCGCAUAUAACACUUGGACACACCUUGCUAUAACAUUCAGGGAAGAAGAUCGUAACCUCAUCCUCUACAUCAACGGAAAGAAGCAGAAAGAUGCAUCACUUUGGCAAAGAAUUGAUUAUUUCUCCGGAGCACCGACAUGUACCAUAGGAAACUUGCCUGAUGGUUGGCGCAACAGAACUUUUCAGUUAUACGGAUCGGUGAUGGAUCUGUAUUUACUAAACUCUUCAGUGACUGAUGAUAAUGUCGACGCUCUUAGAGGUUUCCCAGUUAUAGACAAAAACACAAAUCAAGUAAAGAGUUCCAUUGUGUUGGUGAAGUGGAUGCCCCCUCUACAGGGACAGUGCCCAGUGCAUGCUUACAGCAUAUACUAUAAAAACAGCGCUAUCAAUUGGACGUCAACAUCGCCUCGAAUGCUACCAAAGAACUCAACCACGUACCAUCUUCAGCUUUUCUGUCGGACAGCAUACCAGAUUGCAAUGACAGCGUGGAAUUCAAACGGAGAGUCGUCUCUGAAGGACAGCAGGGUCUGGAAAGUAACCACUGGUGGAGACAAACCAAUUCCCCCUGUUAUCACGAAGCUGGAAAUGUCUGCCUGUGUAGUCAAUCUUACAUGGACUGUCAGUGAAGAUGCCUCAUGUCCGCUCACCAAGUACUCUAUUUACUACAGACACGAAAAAUCCUCUUGGAAUAAGAUUGAAAUUAAUGAAGUGUCAGUAACUAGCCAUCAGUGGUCAUUACGGUGCGACACACAGUAUGAGUUUGCAGUGUCUGCUUGGAAUGAUGUGGGUCAAAGCAACUUCUCAGCUACUUGGCGAAAAAAGACCCAAAUCGAUCCAGGUAAGACAGGUUUUAUGGGCUGGCCGAUAAUUGGUAUUAUCUUGGGAUGUAUCUCCGUGUUCCUAAUAAUUUUAGUGAUGUUCAGCUGCCACAGAAGAAAAAAGAUCAGAAGACUAAACACUGCGAGGAAAAAAAGGUCCAAGUCAGACAUCACAACUCUUCAAUAUUUGGAAGUUUGGCCUGAGCAGGUGACUUUGCUCGAAGAACUGGGCCGAGGAGCAUUUGGAAAAGUUCACAAAGGAGUGCUAAGGGAAUCCCCAGGAGUGGAAGUUUUCUAUCACGGCAUUCGAGAGAAGCGCGUGCCAUUCAAGGAGGGAAAAGUUAUUGCUGUUAAAGUUCUGAGUGCAUUGGCAAACGAACAAGAUAAAGAGCUUUUUUUGGAGGAAAUUGAUCUCAUGAAGCAGAUCGGCUGCCAUGUGAAUGUCCUUCGCAUGAUUGGUUUCUGGACCAGAUCUGAACCUUUCCUUCUGUUGUUGGAGUAUGUUCCAAAUGGAGAUUUGCUAACCUGGCUCAGGGAGAAGAGAUAUCAAAUAGACCCCGUGAAGUUCCCACAGCUUCAAAGCACUGAACGUCUGACAUCAAAUGUUUCUAAUGAAACUAAAGUAUCACAAGAAGAGCCAUCUGUUGGGAAAACCUCGAGUAACUUGGAGAAAAUACACGCAGAAGAAGAACGAUAUAAGAGUGAUCCAAAAGAAAUAACACAGGAUGAAAAAGAAAACGAUGAAAUCAGAUAUACAAAUGAUGACAAGGGAGAUGUUGAACCAAAAUAUUUGAAAGAGGAAAUUUUAGGAAAUAUAAAAGAGUUACCAAGUGAGAAAAUUGGCUUGGAACAAAAGGAGAGAGAAGAUAGUGGUUUGGAAUUGAAACCUCUCUUAAGGCAGGAGUGUCAUCAGCCUUGUGAUGCACCCAUAAAUGUAAACAGCGUGGUUGACGACUUCCAAGAAAGCAGUUCUAAUGAUACCACUUACGAAGCAUCAGAUACGAUUGCUAAAGAUAUGCUUAGCUUUGCAUGGCAGAUAGCUCGAGGGAUGAGUUACCUAUCAGCUAUGGGAUUCAUUCAUCGAGAUUUGGCGGCUCGUAACAUUCUCGUUGGAAAAGAUAAACUUGUCAAAAUUGCUGAUUUCGGCUUGAUGCGCCACUCUGAUUUGUACAAGGUGGAAAGGCAGAAAAAGCUUCCAGUGAAAUGGAUGGCACCUGAAGCGCUAAAAGACAGCAUCUACACCACAAGGAGCGAUGUUUGGUCCUAUGGCAUUCUUCUUUGGGAAAUAUCCACAUUAGGUGGUACACCGUAUCCAGGCACCAAAAACAGCGAAUUAAGCAGUCUCCUCAAAACUGGAUAUCGUUUGGAAAGACCUCAGAGCUGCUCAGAGGAAUUAUAUUCACUCAUGUUGAAUUGCUGGCAAGAGGAUCCCAGAAAAAGACCCACAUUUGAACAAAUGAUGGUAUCACUAGAAGAAUUAAUGAUGAAAGACAAUCCAUAUCUCGAUUUUAAUCAACUAAGCGAGACCCAUUUCUAUUACAACAUUGUGUCAUCGGUUGAGUCUUCUUCUGACAUGAUAGAAUGACAGAUCGAAUGUGAUAAAUGAUAGACCUAGCCCCUACAAAAUUUCGAAUAUCACACGAUGGAGCACAAAUGGAUACUUAAGAGAGAGAAAUAACUUUUAGAGAAAUACUGAUUUAUUUUCUAGUAUCAACUUUAUCUAUUGACUCUCCCACAGACGAGAGAAAAAGACGCGUGCGAAAAGUAAUGCAUUUUACUCUAUGGCUUUGACGGAUUGUUUAUUUUUGUUGGUUUUCCCCAAGUCUUUUUCUCCUGACUCAGUUAUUCAGGCUUUAAUUUUCGAAGUAGCAUUUUAAUGACAAGCUGACGCCGAUCUUUCUGAAAAUCAUCCACAAGUGGUGAUAGGAAUGCCAUUUUUGGACGCUUUCAAAAUGUCCACUUCUUUUAAACAAUCAAAAUUGGUGUAAUUACGUAACAUAUCUUUCUAUACAACAAAAAUACAACUUCGGACACGUGCUACCCUAUGCGUCAACUUUAAAAUGAGGGUUAAACAAAACCAUUUUUUUUUUAAAUGAGGGUCUUAUAUAAAUCGCUAGCCAAGUUUUUAAUGCGAACUACCCUAAACAGUCUUCAGAUGAAGACCCUAAUGUCAAUUAGGAAAACCGAGAGCAAUGUAAGAAAUAUCCUUUUUACAACAUCUCUCUCCUUUUCCUCAUUUGAAUACAGUCAUUGGAGAUAAAACUUUCAAAUCUCCAUUUUACUUUGUUUUUACUAUAUAAGCCUCAGUUUGAAAUUUGACGUCGGUCUGUACUUACGACCGGCUCAAUGGAAUCAAUGCUUCUACUAAGCAAGAACAGCUCGUCUUCUCAGUCUUUUAAGUGCUAUUUGAGAAAUACAACCUACUUUAAUUCAUAACACCCGAUUGUAAAUAUACAGGGGGAAAGAUUCCACACUGAGCAAUUUUGCCAUUUUUUUCUCCUGAUUUAAAGGUUAAUCAUGAUCGCCUGGUAAUAUUGCAAGGGGUAUCGUUCAAGUUCUCAUUUCCACGCUUUUCAUCCGUGAUAAGAACGUGAAAGAAAAUCCCUUGAAUGCUCAAUUUCGUUUGGUUAACUUGCACUCUCAAUCUCCAUCGGUUGUGAUGCAAAUCAUUUGUCAUGAGCCAGCAGGUACCAGUACACAAUUUGCUGAAGGAUGGAAGGAUCCAGAACAUUUCACAUUCUAUUGGCGUCUGCUGUGCCUCUCUCUGGAUCUCGUACCCGUAAGGGGAGGGGAGCGCAAAUUCCUCCGAUUCGUUUCUUACUUUAAAUCGCAGGUUUUAGCCUCAUACAAUCAUAAAUUAGCGAUAUCGUUGCCUUUUUCAGCUGAUUUUCUGUAAAAAAAACUAAUAUUUUCAAUCUGAAGCUUUAGACUGUUUGUAAAAUGGACGAGUUUGCCUCUGAACUUAAAACACGCCAGCUAUGAAGAGAGGCAAAUAUGUCGCGUUUCAUGUGGACCAUCAAUUAAAGGCCGUGCAGAGUAAAGCCAUCGGAUCCUUUACACGUCAUUGUUAGGCACAUAAAUCUCGACCUAUCUAAUAAAUUUUACUCAAUUUUUCUGUCAUAAAAGGCAUUGAUAAAAUAAAAUAUA